UCAUUGAUCCAUUACGACAAUACUUCAAAGCCGUGUCUUCAACUAUUUGCUUCCAGUUUGGAAAGAAACGGACGCUUAUUUGCAUUAGUCUUCACUGAGGUACAGGCAAGCUAACAUCAAGCAGGUAAUAGCCAAACAAUGCAACAUUUUAAAUAAUUAGAUGGUCUCACUGAUUCACGUGUUUUAAGUGGUAAAAUAGAAGGUGGUUUUCUCAGACGAAACGACACGUUUGGAUUACAAUGAAACCUCUAUUGAGCGGACCCCCAAUUAAGCAGACAAAAAGCCGGGUCCCGAAAUUAACGUCUUAUAUUUUCCUUUAUAACGAACUCCUAUUUAGCGGACACGUCUAUUUUAGAAGCGGACGCGGACACUGAAAUAAAUUGUAUUUGGCUUAUUUCUAUCGUUAAAAUCCUCUAUUAAGCAGGCACCGGACUGAAUUGACAAUAGAACACAAUAGUAGUGUUGGAUUACGUCCUUGAAGUACGUACCGUAGUCAAAUAGGGACGGACCAUUAGAAACGUUAUGGGGGUGGGGGGUGGGGAAUUUUUUGAGCCGCAGGAAUUUUUUUCGUUAUCAAAUUCCUUGUAUGAAUUUUUUUUAGGCCGUAGCGUGAAUAUUUUUUAGGGUUAAUUGGCGUGCAUGAAUUUUUUUUCAUUUAGUUUUCUAAUGGUCCGUCCCUUAAUAAAGAUAAAUCAAUACAUUUAGCUGCCAAUAAACUGAAGAUUAGACCGAUAUCCGCCCCUAUGAUUGUCAUCCGCGAUCAAAUUUCACCUAAAAGUCUUGCACAAAGUACAGCGCUUCCUUAACGACAUGGAACUUUACCACAGUACAGAGUAGCCGUUAUGUGUUUUCAUUAACAAACAUUGCGCAAUUUUCAUAACCCUUAUUAAACGGACACCCUUUAUUAAGCGGACACUUGGGAAGGUCCCGAAGGUGUCCGUUUAAUGGAGGUUUCACUGUAUAUUAUUUACUUACAUCCAUCAAUGCUUUCUUAUUGAUGUAGUUGUCCAAAGAGCGACUUAUGGCAAAACCAUGAAAGAUACUGCAGAAACAGAAGCGCCCAUAUAGAAUCGUGUGUUUACUUUAACAUAUAAACUGUUAGUGUUCAUGUUUCUGUCAAUUAAAACCGUAAACUUCCUCGUGUAAGUCUACCGCCCCCCCCCCCUCCCCCACCCCCACAUUAGUUAAAGGUCCAUCUACCUGUAAACAAACAAACAUCUCCGGUUGUAAGCAGUUUUCUAGCUUGAAUUACAAUGAAUUCGAUUUUUCAUGACGUUAGGUUGAACCUAAGUUCAUAAAGGAUUUUGAUUAGCACUGCGCGCUACGUACCUUGUUUGAAAACGCUUUUUUAGUCUGGUUAUAAGUUUAGUUCUGGUUUUGUGAUUCAUUCAGAUUUUUAAAGACAGUCUUACAGAAGUUAAAAGUGAUGCAAUUUUCUAAACUUGGUAUGUGAAAGGGUUACCAUUUGUCAAUAGAAGGUGCUAUACGAGAGGGGUAACUUCUCUGUCAAAAAAGCAUAUAAAAGUGUAAGAGGCCGACCUCGGCGCGGAGUCUCCCCAUAUAAACCUUUGUUGAUACCCCAUCCCCCCCCCACCCAAAAAAAGAAAAAUUCAUGUCAAUCCUACCACUUCCGAGUGAGUACGUACCCCUCAUUAAAUCCCUCAUUUUAAGAUACUGUACAGAGAAAAGGCUUCCUGUUUCAGGAUGCUAACCCUUGCUGAUUAUUUUGAAUGAUUCUACCCUGCUGUGUUUUCAUCCUGGGACAGAAUGGCUGCCAAAUCUUAUGAAGCUGGCGUGAGAAAAUACUACGGUGACAGACUGACCAACAUCUCAGAUGACACAACAAGUGAAGAAAUUAGGCACGUUUACGAUAACUGGGCCAGCGAAUAUGACAAGGUAACAAUAAUUUCAUCUGACCCCGUGGCAUGGGUCCAGAUAAGUUUUUUGAACAGACAAAAACUUGCACGGAUCCGCCUUUCGAUUACACCGAACCCGCGCAAGUUUAUCAGGAACGCAAACAAUACAGCAAUCUGCAACAGAAUUUGCACGGUUUUGCAUUGUGUAAACGAGUUGCACAGGCCAAAAAAUUCGUCCGUUUAAAAUUUUUUCCGGACACAAGUAAACAGGGUCAGUUUCGUAAUCAGGGGAAAUUAAGUUUAAUGGUUUUCAUUCUCAAUUCAGCCUCUCCAAGAGUCAAGAGAGUAGCUACAGAGGUUUCUAAAUUCAGUGCCAGGUCUCUGAGAUCUCUUAAGAACUCCAAGUUUAGUUUCUCCCUCUUACAAUCCCCGUGUAAGUACAUAGUCAGGGAUAAGGAUUUUUUUUAUCUGACUAUAACAGUCUAUUCUCUACUCCGCAGGUCUUCUUCUCAUUAAAAAUCUCAAAAAGUUGCUACCAGAACAUAAAAAUGUAUGAAAAGAUAAAUAAGUCAGUGUCUAUGAUCUUAAGUCUUAGUUUGAAAUACCGGUUUCAGUAUUCCCCUUCGAAUACGAGGUACGAACUAAACGAACACAAAUUUUAGAAAGUUUCUCAAAAUAAGUAGACUUUUUUCAGACGUGGUUUAGGCUGAGUAUUAAAAAACGCCACAACAUUGUGCCAAUUAGUUAUUGUGACUCAAAAAAUAAUUCUCAGCAAGGAGAAAUGUUUGGUGGAAAGGUCUUGCCCUGACUUUCCAACGGACAAGAUCGCUCGAACACACAGCGCAUGAACCGUUUCAAAAUCCGGGGGGAGUAUGACAAUAGACAAAUUGAACCAUGCGUUUUUCAUAUUCUUGCUACGCAUGGCAUAAUAUCCAAUCAAAAUGGAAAUUGUUGGAAAAAUUGACGGAAACCCAUUGUCCCACCCUCGUUCCCAGGGUCCUCUCGUUUUCCAAUAUGGCAGGAAAAGACCUGGGGACAAGGUUGCCAUUUUUCAAAUGACGUCACAUUUGCCAUACCUAGGUAAAAUAUUCUGGGAAGGUCACACUACUGAUAUCGGCCCCCAAGGUUUUCACGCGCAGUUGAAAUAUUUGGUGCGUAAAUUCAAAAUGGCAAGAUGCUCAGGGAUCUAGCCGAUGAAAGAAACGUUUUUCUUUUUAUCUCGUUGAUAUUUCUUACGCUAAUUCAACGUGCAAGGUGAAGACAGGCGAAGACGCGGACGACUUGUGCCCCAAAAUUCCUUUUACAACGUGAGCUAUAGCCGCUUUUGUCAUCACGACCUUCGCCGAUGAGCGUCUAUUGGCUAGCAACCUCGGUAUUUCAUUUUUCCCUAGCUAUCGCUUUGGGGUAGCUGUCAAGGGAAAGUCUAUUGUUCUCGAGACAUAUCCAAGCCCCAGACGAUAAAAUUUUCCCGAUGUACGUUACCUAGGGAAAAAUCGGUCACACCUAAAAAGCAAGUUUCCCUUGGUAAACUGUCAAGACGCCGAGUUUACCUGUAGGUAAAAAGUCUGUAGUGUGUGACCACAGCUAAUGAAACGGUGGCCGAGUUAAACCUUGUCCUUGAAAAACUUUCUUUUUCUCUAAGUAAUUUUCAUCGCUGCUGGCCACACGAGUAAAAACGUUCUGCACUAAGAUCAGACUUAUUAUGACUUGAGCCUAAAUAGUUUUAAAAAUUAAGCAGAAUAUAACGCUCGUUCAUGGAGUGUCUUUAUUUAACCCUACGUCUUAGAAUGUUGUGGACGCAGCACGUUGUGUUUUCCACAAGCCACUUGCGGAAUCUCUAGAUGGAGCCCUCAAAGACAAUUUUCCUGAAAAAGCAAAAGAUGCCCUUAAAAUCAUUGACGUGGGAGCAGGAACCGGAUUAAUAGGAACAGAACUUCACAAACUUGGUUACAGUAAUCUUCACGCGUUGGACAUCUCACCUGAAAUGUUAAAAGAAGCAAAGAAAAGAGAUAUUUACAAAAGGUUUUUUUGCGUCUCAUUAAGUGACCAACAGAUUCACGAAAUACAAACAGGAGAGUUUGAGGCUCUUAUUUGUGCUGGUAGUCUCCUUGCGGGGCAUAUCAGGGCAGCUGCUUUUGAAGAAAUGGUCAGGAUGGUAAAACAUGGUAAGAUUGUUGUCAUUGUUUUUUUCUUAGUGUACAGUUUGUCAUAAAAAGGAGUGUCAAUCAAUUCUUAACUACCUAAGUGGCGAUAAUGAUAAUAAUAAUAAUGAUGAUGAUGAUGAUGACAACGACGACUACGAAGAUGUUGAUGACACUGGAUAAGUUUUAUCUUGACAACAGGGGGAGGGUUUAGGGAAACAGACAAUUCUUUUUCAGAGAUUAAAGACUGUUUCUUUUGCCCCAUUCUCGCGACAUGACUAUCAUUACAUUUUAUAACAAUAAGUAUCACUGUAAUUUUGAAUUGUCAGAUUUUGUUGUUGUCGUUCAUAGGUGGUAUAAUCUGCUUCAACGUGCGGGAUGGUCAGCUGGAUGACUACCGGGAGAAAAUACAGGAACUAGAGAGAACGGGACGAUGGGAAGUGAUCUCUAAGAACGCAGUGUCUUUUUUCGAAACUGAGGAAAUGCCCAGAGAAACCUACGCUUUCUUGUUUAGAGUUUUGAGGAAGUAACGCCAACAUUCAAGCUUGUCAUUAGUAGUGGUAGCGCCAACAUUAGAGACCUCUAGACUCGAGGACGAGAACGACAACGAGGACAAGAUUUAACUUAAGGUUUUUUCAACUGUUCUUAAAAAAAUAAACUCCGCGGAAACUUCAUUGUACUUACAAGAAAAGUUAAGUCAAUUCCAUGCAGUAAACUAAAAAUUGCUCAAUAGCAUAUUUGAUUUCACUUUCAAUUUCCCCGAAAAUUCCCU